AUAUUGAAUAUUUAUAAAUCAAAUUAAUGAAAAUUAAUAAACAGAAAUAUUUGUGGGAAUAUGUAAAAGUGUGUAUAUGCUACAUCUUCACCCUUAUGAAGACGUGCAUUCAUGAGUAGGCUAUACUGCAAGAUAUCACUCAAAAUCAGCUAAAUGUUGUACAAAAUAUUAGAUUCACUUAAAACUAAUGCAAUCUAAGACAACAGCCCUGCAAUAAAAUAUAUAGUAAUCCAAACAAGUGUUCUGUUAUUAUUGAAACUGUUUUAUAGUUUUUAUCUUAAUUCAACUUUACUGCCAUUUUGUAGGCUGUAGUUGAGUUGUAACCUUUAUUGAUAUACUUGGGGUUGGCAAAAUAGUAGAACCACCCAUAACACGAUAGUUUAAAUAAAUGGAUAAAUGAAUAAAUAAAUAAAAGCUUCAAAAUUCAAACUGAACAUUAUUACCCCAUGGAAUGUAGGCCUAAGCUUAAAUUUAGUUUCAUCGCAAAAUUCAUUGAAAUUGAAUCAUUGCUUUGAUUAAUCAUAAGUUAGACCCUGUGAUACAGCAGUAACUAUAGGAACUGUGAGGUUGAGAAAAAAAGAUCUCAAAAAAGGCUUCUUAGCCAAACAGCUAUAAAAUUGUAAAACCUUAAUUUUAUUAGAAUUACUAAAUUAUAAGUUAUUAGUUAUCUUAGUUAAACUGAAACAGGUCAGGCUACUUGCACCUUAGUUAAUCAGCAAUGGGUAGCUGAGAUUGCACUUUGGCUAAGCUUAACAACACAGAAUGGAUGCACUAUUUUACACAUUUCUAUGGCACAAUCGUUUUAAUAUGGUGUAACAGGUGUAUAAAAAAACCUAAGAUUCUAGUUUCAACUCAGUUUUUGUGCAAAUGUGUAGUUACUGUAUUUUAGCUUUGUAGGGUAGUUAACCUAAAUAGCUAGUCUACCAUUUCUUUGUUUAUUUAUUAAUUUUUUCUAGCUUUUGUAUCAUGCCAUAUAUGAGAACGUUAUGACGACGUCGCGACGGUUAUCAGACUGCGUUGAUUCGCCUAUAGACACGAAUCUCUGGUCGCCAGGUUACGCUGUUUAACGUUGUGAGCACUAACCAUGUUUUUUUUUUAAUACUGUUAACGCCCACUUUAGGUGUUGCUCAUUUUGCGGAGAGGCAGUUCCAUUCAUAGAGCUGGUAGGCAGGCGGGCAGGCGAAGAGCUGAAGCGGCCAAACAGCCAUCAGCGACGUACUGGGUGAGCCAAAUGAUGGUUGCUCACUGAAUAUACGAGGCCAGGUUAAACAGCAUUGUCAUUGUCUGCCGUUUCGACAUCGGGCAUACGCUGAACUAAUCCAGAAACCCUCCUCUCAGGAAUGGAUUUUGAAUGUCUUGAUUGAAUAUUGGAGGACCUCUCCUCGACCUGCCGCGGAAAUAGACUGACUUCCUAGUCUCCUUACCGCUGCCGCAGAAAGACCGCUGUACUCAUCUCAGCAAACCCAGACCGUCCGCGGACUACAGGCUCGGGCAUCUGGACACAUCGGAACUGGUCUAUCGUCGUUUUCAAUACACAAACGUUCCUGUGUGUGUAUUUGCUGCCUGUAUAAUGCCGACACAUUUGCGGUUCCGGAGAAGGUCAUUCCUUGGGCUUUUAUUCCUUUUUUCACUGUCCACCUCCGCAUUGUACUUCAUCUACUCCGCCCCCGGAAUCGUGAAUGAGUAUGUGUUCAUGGUCCAAGCCAGAGGGAUCCAGAUCAGAGAGAACGUGAAGAACAUUGGGGCUCAGGUUCUGGAGCAGGUGGUGAGAGGAGCUUACAGCGUCAACGGCACAGAUUAUUCCUAUGACUUUAACUUGAGCGAGAGUGAUGCUCCUCCCACCACAUACCUCCCCGAGGGCUUCACCUACCUCCCCUCACAGGUUUGCCCUCAGAGGCUGCCCUCCAUGAAGGGCAGGUUGGAGGUGAACAUGAGUGAGGUAUCCCUGGAGGAGGUGGAGAGAUCCUUGCUGGAUGUAAAGCCUAGCAUGGUCCUAGGAGGCUACUGGAAGCCCGAAGACUGUUUACCUCGCUGGAAGGUGGCAAUCCUAGUCCCAUUCAGGAACCGACAUGAACACUUGCCGAUCCUCCUGAGACACCUGGUGCCAGUGCUGCAGAAACAGAGACUCCAGUUUGCCUUUUAUGUGAUAGAGCAGGAGGGCACAGAGCCGUUUAACCGAGCCAUGUUGUUCAAUGUGGGCUACAAAGAGGCUAUGAAGGACCUGGACUGGGACUGUCUGGUCUUCCACGAUGUGGACCACCUCAUGGAGAACGACAGGAACUACUACGGCUGCACAGACAUGCCCCGGCACUUUGCGGUCAAGCUGGACAAGUACUCCUACAUGCUCCCGUAUAAUGAGUUCUUCGGCGGUGUCAGUGGCCUGACGGUGAAGCAGUUCAAAAAGAUUAAUGGAUUUCCUAAUGCGUUCUGGGGCUGGGGAGGAGAGGACGAUGACCUCUGGAACAGGGUGCGGUAUGCCAAUUUCUCCGUAAGUAGACCACACGGAGAGCAGGGGCGCUACAUGUCAAUUCCACAUCAUCAUCGUGGGGAAGUCCAGUUCCUGGGAAGGUAUAGUCUACUACGCCACUCAAAGGAGAGGCAGAAAGUGGAUGGUCUUAACAACCUAAACUACUCCCCCAUAGUGUCCAGGAGGCCUCUCUACACCAACAUCACAGUCAGCUUGAGCAGAAAGCUUGCACCGAUAGCUGACUACUGACGUAGGCACAGCCGUACUGCAGACCACCUGGGAAUCAAAGUCCUCUGGGACAUCAGCCAUAUCUCACCAGUUGCAGCACUGCUUAGGACUUUUUAGUUGAUUGAUUCUUUGCUUUGUUUAUUUUGUUUGUAUGCAAAAAAAAAAUGAAGACUCAAAUAAGUAUGUUGGAUAAAUCAUAAAAGAAAAUAGGGAUAAAUGCUGCACUUGCUUGUGCUACAGUCCAUCACUCCUCUCAUCUGGGCUUAUCUAGUCUUCAGUCUCCACAUGCCUUUUGCACCAUUUUGGCCUUCAGCAUCCAUUCAUUCAUUUUCUUAUUCAGUCAACGAUGAGUUCCGCCCUACACAGUCGUGCUUGCUUAUUAAAAGAGGCCAUGAUACACAGGCACAUUCAAGUACAUGACACACAUGCACGUACACAACAGUUUGACUUACAUGUGCUGACAUGGUUCCUGAGGCUUUGAUUUUUUACUUUGCGCUUGCACUUCUUCUUUUCAAAAAUGCAGUACACACGUGAAAACAUUUGCAUGCACCCACACACACACACGCACACACACACACACACACACACACACACACACACACACACACACACAUACCACCACACAGUAACUUUAAGCGAGUGGAUUUUUGCAGCUGGUUCUGCAGGAGGUAUGCCAAAUCUACAAGAUAAGAGAGCAAGAGAAAAUGAUAUAAAGAGUGAGUGUUUUCAGUCAUAUAAACUGUAUGUGAAAUAGUUUAUCCUAAGUUUUGAGAAUAUUAAUACCUUAAUCAUCUCUUACCACUAUAUUUUGUCCUGUGAACAUACCAUUUAAAGACUGUGAUGUUUGUGUUUGCAUAGUUGCAUUGGAUGUUCUGGCUGCCUGCAAGUGGCUGUAUGUAGGAGAGCAACGCUCAUCCUGUUAGCAAUAAGCUGUAAUAUCAGACAGCAGAACUUAGACCUGACUUCCUCACUAUACAGAUGCAAUAGCACAGGUGCUAGCAUACUCUUAUUGGACUAUGGAGGAGGAGUGACAGUGUAUGCAAACUUCACAUUCAGCACACCUUUGCCUAAACAAACAUGCCACCCUUUUCAGAGCCUGUGUGUGUGUGUCUGUGUAUAUAAGUGAGGGAGAGCUAUGCAAAUGGCCUGUGUGUAUUCUGUUGUCAGUGCGAGGUCUUCGGGGCGACCUCCAGGAGACUUCACCCCUGAAACUGUGACUGACUUGACUUUAGACCUCACUCUGUGUGCGGUAUGUAAGUCCAGGCCAGGGAGAGAUAAAGAGUCGCCGUUUUUAUUUUUAGAUCCCAUAUCCUCAAUGUUUACUCACCUUCAUUUUUACAGAAGAGAAUUGGAGGUAGAAAAUACUUGAUUGCUGUCACUGUCACUGGUGUUUACAGAAGCUUUUGCUUUGUUAUUUUUCAGAUUGUCUAGUGUUUGUUAUACUGUUAGACAGCCCUCCUUCACUGCGGGUGCUGUGAAAUCUCUUCAACAACGUAUCUAUGGCUGCCUUUAUUUUUUUAACUUCUUUAUCUAGGCUUGGAUAGGGAAAAGCGGAUCUCAGUGCUUAUCUGAGAAGUCAGGUGAUAAACCACCACAGCUUGUAUCCAGUAUCUACUUGUUUGUAGUUGGUCACAGUAGAGUUUUAGUUGGAUGGCAUGCAGCCUAACUGUGCAUUGACGCAGGCUGACAGCACUCUGGCAGUACACAGCAGUUGCUAAAAUGUCCCUCCCUAAUUUGUGUGUUUGACAGUGUUGCUUUUGAGUAAAAUAUCCCAAUACUGUAAACAUAGUUCCUAUUUAAAAAAGAACACACACAUACAGACACUCUCUCCUCACUGGCUGUCCUCUAGUCAUGCAGCUACUUCAUUUCACACAAAUCGCCUUGUAUACAUUUCUUAAGAUGUAUCUUUUGGGGAAAAUGUGGGUGGUUGACAAACUGUUGUGUUCCCACAAAGAAAUAGAAAGUAAAGAGGCUGGACCUCAUUUUAUUUAUUUGAUCUUUUAUGAUUUAUUUUCUGAAAUUGUUCGGUUUUUAUUUUUCUUGCGGUUGAUGUGAUGAUUUAGUAGGUGACAAAUGACUGGCUGUGUUAGAUGCACUGAAACUUGUAGUUAUGUGUAUUUGUGUGGGUUUGUGAGGUUCAGAUCUGUGUAAAACGGGGUUUGCUGCUCCAUUUCAUCCGAACGCUGAGUUCCUCUUCAGAAAUGACAGGAAUGGCUCGUUUUGAUGAAAUGGGAUGGGACCCGUAGCCUGGUGUGUAUUAAUCUGCUGAACAGACACGUUGGAGGAGGCCAUUUUGUGUGACAACCACAGGAAGAGCAAGACACCGAAUCAGAAAAUGCUAGUGUUCACUGUCUUUCACUGAGCAUCUCCUUUAUUCUAAUUGAAAAUCAAUGGUGCUGACCUUCCAGAGCUCCAUUUGAGGGAGUCUCUUUCUACGUGCUUGCUGGAACAACCAUGACAUUAUAAAGGCUAGUAUCGUCAGGCAAAACAUCCUCCCAACUUUCAUUCAUUUCCUACCUGCACAUAAGUGGCAUAGAUAUUCUAUGUUUUUGCCUUUUUUUUUUUUACAUCCAUACAUUUGUUAAUCUGAUGCCUUUUCAUCCUGCCAGGUAAAGCUAAUAUGUUUAUUUGUUGUUCUGGUUCAUAGCCACAAGCAGAAGCACGUGUUUACCUCCUAGCCAGUCACUCAGGAGGUGCCCAGUGCAAGUCGUGGACAGUAGCAGCGUUUGUGUUAAUUUAACUUUUCCAUGUGCGUUUGAGUGAAAUGGCUAAACCUCUCAGAGGUGUAACUGUCCUCCAUCUAGAUUUUGAGGUUUUUGUUUUUCAUUUUUGUUUUUCCAGCACUGAUAAGAACGUGAUUUAUAGUGACCUGGUUGUGAACAACCUAGAGGUUCUUUUCUAGUUCUUGACACAUGAUACACUGUAUUUUAUGGUUUUUUUUUUUUUUUUUUUUCUUGCUUAAAAUUAAAAGCUAGAUGGAAAUAUAGCAAAAACCAAAUGGUUUUAGUUUGAGUGACCAGGUGAAGAUUCAGACCCCGAGGUAGCUCUCUGGAAGGAGGCCCUCUGGAAGACAGCUAUUCUUAGAGUCCAUAUAAGACUCUAGACUCCACAAUGUAGAACGAGCAGCUUCAUCACACCGUAUCCAAAAAGAUGGGUUUUCUAUGACUGCUUAACAGCUUUGUCCACUAGAUGACUUAGUAACAGGAGCAAAUCAGUCUCUGGCUUUUAUCUAAAACAGGAAAUAUUGUUUUCAGUUGGUGAUAAGAGCAUGCUGGCUAGUCCUGUUCCUGUUAUAUAUAACCUGUAAAUGGGUCUCAAUCCAGACCAAGAGCAAGCCUGCUGCUGACUGAAGAGGCUUCCUUGUACCAUAAUCUCACCAACUCUGAUCCAUUCUGUGCCAGUUUAAAUGAAGGGACCAUUCUUUGGGCAUCUGACAAGACUGGCAGCCUUAAAGCUUCUUAAUUUAUUGCAGUGUUGUUUCACUCAAGUUUUUUUGGGGGUUUUUUUUUUGUUUGUUUGUUUGUUUUGUUUUUUAUAAGCAAAAAUAUUUAAAUUUAAAAAUGUGCAUAUCAACAUAAUGAUCAUUGUAAAUAUCUUUGUGUGUAGUGUUUUAGAAAUUCUAUAAGGUCUUAAAUCACUACAGAUGCUAGCAUAAAGAACAAGGCUUUGGAGGGGUUUGGCUGGGGGGGUUUAUCUGGUGCCAUUUUAAGUGCUAGUGAAGCUUACACAGCAACAUCAAUGUUUUUACAUCUAUCACUGCUUCCCAGCACAGCCUUUUUUUUUUUUUUUAAAUUAAAAAUAUCCUUAUCCUAUAAAUGUUAGAUUCCUCUCACAAUCUCAGAGGUGUUGUGCAUUCCAGAGGCCUCCCUGUACUUAAUAUGCUGUAGCAGUAGAAGAGACAUACCAUGGCAGACGUAGGCAUCUGUCUCUAGAUGAAGUUCACUGUCCUCGAUUCUGCGUGCGAUGUCUCUUUGAUAGUGACAGCAGUUGGGGUAAGGUGUAGGUCGGAGGAAAGCACUGCAGGAUAGCGAUGUGUCAGCCAAAAAACACCAUAUGCUUACAAUGCAAAUGAAACAGAGGCACCCAAACCAGCGACACAAUCUACUCCAAAAUCUACACAGAUUAAUUUUUCUUUUGUAUUAAAGUUAACUACUUAAAAAAAAAGAAAAAAAAAAGAAAAAGGAUACAGAUUGCUAAAUUUAAAAUCUAUCUUCUCUGAUUGUAAGGAGAGAAAAAUCUCCUUGAAUUGAAGCCAUUUGAAGCCACUUGUCAAAACUUGAUGUCAGCCUUACGUGGAUCUGUUUGUGUAUCGGCAUAUUAUCUUUUGAUUAUUGAAAUUUGUAUGAUGGAGAUUUUCUUUUAUACCAUCAUUGUUAUUGUCAAAGUACACCAAUAAAACUUGUAAACAUACA